AUGACAGAUCUAAUGGUUCCGAGCAAGCGACCACGAGCCCCGAGCUUCUCCGAUAUGCAUCCCGGGUACUCGGACGAGACUCCCGCCGCAUCCUCCGAUUCGUUACCGGGGAAGGAGAUCGGUGAGGCUGAGGUCAAGAAUUUUCUCGAGAUUUGCCGUUUCUGUAAGAAGAAUCUUCGUCACGACGAGGACGUCUUCAUGUACGGCCAAUUUGGGGCAUUCUGUACAGAAAAUUGCAGAGCAAAACAGAUGGUGUGCGACAUCUUUAGGCGUUCAUCGCUAAAGAUCGCGGAAGCAAAGAAAGGAAGAAUGUGUGGUGGGGCCAAAAAGAAACCAAAAGAGAGUAACACACCACCGCGGUUUUUCAUCUGA